UCUUAAAAAAAAGCAGGACCACCUCCUCUAAGGUUUAUUUUCUUGUACAGAGGUAGACUGGCCAUUUUCCAUGUCUACAAUAACUCCAAAUUCAUCCUAUGGAUCUAGCCGAAAGGAUCGAAGUCGAUUUUCUUUCGGUGUUCGAACUUUUCGACCCGCAACGGUCUAUCCACCGACAACUACCAAGAGAAAAGAAGGCAUAACUGAAAGCACUGCUCGAACAAGAUCAACGAAUGCCCACCGGCCCAAAAAACUAUUUUUGAAGGUCGGCCUGGUCAGUGCAGCUACCGGAAGCGCAUAUAUCGAAUUUGGAAAUACUAAGGUGAUGUGUAGUGUAUAUGGUCCACGUCCCUUAAAGAUUGAGACGAAGGUCAUGUCCAACCAGCUUUUAGACUCUGGUCAGAUGUACUCGUCAACUUAUUCGCAGGCUUCAGCAAAUAAAUGCUUGGCUGGUGUGGGUGUUCGAGGUCCUAAAGCAAUCUUUGAUGUAUUUUUAGACAGGGCUAUUGUCCAGUGUGACUUCACCUACACAACCUUUUGUGGUAAUGGUGAAGGAUCUAGAAUGGAGGAUGAUCAGAGAAAAAUGGAAAUGGAAUUGGAAAUCUCCAGCAUCCUUGAGCUAAUUAUCAUGAAAGAGAAAUACCCUAAGUCAGUGAUUCAGGUAAACGUCUUAAUAUUGGAAGAUGAUGGAUCGGCGUUCACCACUACCGUCAACUGUGCGAAUGCCGCAUUGGUACAGGCAGGCAUCUUGAUGUACGAUAUGGUCGCCGCAUGUAGAGUACCCCUCUCCCCUUCAGACAAAGACAAUGAGGAUACGUCCUCCACACAUGAUAGAGAAACAUGUGGAUCUUUGCAUAUUGCAUAUUCGCCCGUUUCCAAGCAAAUUGUUCAUCUUGUUCAACUGGGCGAGUCUGACCUCCAAACAACCCUGAAUUGUAUAUCAACUGCUAUCGACAGAUGUGUGCGAAUCUACGAAAAGAUGAGAAGCAUGCUGUUGCAGCAAUUGGCCGACCAUAGCAAGCUAGUUCAAGCAAACUAAUAAAACAUAAUUG